AUGGAAAUGACAACAGAGGAAAGCUGUGUUUCAGCAUUUGCUUACAGUGAUUCUCCUCUUGGACGAUGCUUCAAUGUUGAUGGGUUCACCCGCUCAGGAUGGAGAAUUGGGCCACUCAGAAAGGAUGCAACCAACCCAUACACGUUUAACGUUUAUGCUGGAUUUGACAACUGUGAAGAUAGACCGGAGGAGAAGAAGGUGGGCUAUGUCUCCGUGAAAUACACAGGAACAUCUGCCAAUGUAACCUACGUCUGGGACAAUGGGUACAAGAUGACAGAAACUCAUCUGUACAUUGGUACCAAGGAAUACCCAUUGUACAGGGAUGCCAAGACUGUUUCACCAGGGAAGUACACUGCAAUCCAUGACGACCCCAAGGAUGACCGCAUGGACAGUUACAUUUUCGCCCAUCUGCCGUUUGAUGCUGAUGAAGAUGUCUACAUCAUUGCUCAUGCCAUGUCAUGCAAGGCUCCUCGAACACACUUGUCUGUGAGUGGAUGCAAAUGCAUCUGUCCAACUGAAAGUCCCACAGCUGGACCCACUGGCUCUCCAACAAUUUCUCCAUCUGGCUCUCCAUCAGAGAGCUUGGACUUCUCGAAUCCAACUCCUACUACCGCACCUGUUACUCCUGUCUCUCUCCCCCAGAAGUGCCUCGGUUAUGUCGGUUCGUGGUCUGGAGAUCCGCACAUGAGAACAUUCGACGGUUUGCGAUAUGAUUGCCAAGGUGAGGGUGAAUUCCAUGUCCUCAAGUCACUGAACUCUACCUUCGAGCUCCAAGCCCGCUUUGUGAAGUUUAGGAGCAACAAGCGACCAACGGUUACAAAGAGUGUUGUGUUCACUACUGGUGAUGGCGAGCCAAAGGUCCAAGUCACAGUGCCGGACUCUGGCAGUAAUGGCUGCACUCCUUAUGUGUAUAUUGAUGGAGUUGAAUUUGAUGUCGAGGAAGACCUUCUUGAUCCAUCCAUGCAAAUCGAGAUGGUUCAGACAAGGAGGUACCAAGGGUACGUUAUUUAUUACCAUGGUUCCAAGAUACAGCUGACUGCCAUGGCGAGAAAGUCAUCGGCGAAUGGCUGUGUCUUGUCUUCCAAGAUCUGUCUGCCAUAUGACUAUGAGCGAACACAAGAAACCUUUGUUGGUCUCCUGGGAACUCCAAAUGAAGACAAGAGUGAUGAUUGGAUGACCAAGUCCGGUGGAAACUUGCCAAUUCCCACAACCCGGCAUGGAUUGCGGUUCAAGCCUGCCUAUGACUUCUGUGUGCAGAACUGGUGCAUCCGAAACGAGGCCAAGUCCUUGUUCAAGUAUGACACUAGCAAGGGAGAAAACUUUGACAAGUUCAUGCAGUGUGGCAAGGAAGCAGACACAUCGACAGAGGUGUGUGUGAACAACCCGCCUGCAAUCCUCGAGAGGUACUGUGGUAGCAACAACCCUGGUUGUGUCAUUGAUGGUUGUGUCGGUGGCCCAGAUGAGGCAAGACGGUACAUUGAAACUGAAGAAGACCUCCUCGACCAAAUGUGCGGAAAACAGGUUUUCUUUGAAGACUUCGCAGAGGAAAUGGACGGAAGCUGGGGUGAUAUCUACAAGCGGGAUGCAUUUACCUUCUUGCACCUUCACAAGGCGAGCAGUAUCAUGAAGGACAAGUUCAGGGUGCCCGCCAAAGCAGAGAUUGUAACUAUUGAGUUCCUAUUCUACGAGAUUGGAGGAUGGGAACGUUCAGGCCAAUACAGCGACCAUGUCUAUCUUUAUGUGGGCGACAGCAAGAUUGAUCUCCAGACUUUUGGUCCUGAUGACAAGCUUGAUGCCUUCUGGCAUGAUAUCCAGGAUGGCAUUUCUUGGACUCGUCGCAGCAUCUGUUCAUCUGGAGACUUUGGAUUGGGCACCACCAAUGAUCAAAUGCACAAAAUGAAAGUGAGAGUGCCCGAGACAUUCUAUCAAGAUGGCUGGCUGGAAGUCAAGCUGGAAGUGGUCAUGUCGGGCAACAAGGACAAUGAGAGUGCUGGAGUGGAUGACUUUAGGCUGACAGCUUAUUCCAAAUCCUGUGUCAUCCCUGACGAACCUGCCGAAAAGGAUUACGAAGUACCUGCUGUCUUGCCUGCUGUGUGCGAUGAGCGUGUUGCCACAGCCUGGGGUGACCCUCACAUGGUUACUUUUGAUGGUCUCAGAUAUGAUUGCCAAGGAACCGGUGAAUUCACACUUCUCAAGUCAAUGACAUCCAGCUUCGAGGUGCAAGGCCGAUUCGCUGGUUUUGAUGAUCGCACCAUCACUGUUACACGAGGAAUUGCCGUUCGGGAGGAGGGAGCUCCUACCAUUCAACUCACUGUUCCCAAUGCCUAUAACAAGCAAUGCCCAAUUGCUUUGUUUGUGGAUGGUGACAGGCGCGAAGUCUUUGAAGGAUCAAAGGUUGACGAGGUGAUUGUGAGACCUGUUGGAAAAAUGGUGGUCAUCUACUAUCCCAAGACACGUGUCCAACUUGUGGUGAGACUGAGUUCCUCAACCAAGUAUGGAUGCUACUUCUCUACCAAGGUAUGUUUGCCGGAUGACUACCGUAGAGACGAAAAGCUGAUUGGUCUUCUCGGAUCUCCCGAUGGCGAUUACUACAAUGACUGGAUGAACACCGAAGGAACCGGGCUUCGUGUCCCAGGAUAUGGCUUAUCCGAAAAGUCAUACCACUACUGUACAACAUACUGGUGCGUCAAGGAAAAGAGCAGUUCUCUGUUCUGGUACGAGCCUGGAGAGGAUUUUAAAAUGUUCAACAAGUGUGGCGACAACUACGAUGGCAGAAUUGAGAGUUGUGUCAAGACCCCGCCAGAGUGGCUCAAGAAAAUAUGUUACCUAACUGACAAGAGAUGCUUGUUUGAGGGGUGCGCUGGCGGACCAGAAGAAGCGAAGAAUGCCUUGGAUGCCGAAUACGAUCUCACCAAUGAAAAGGGUUGCGGAGAGACAGUUCUUGCAGAAGAUUUCAACGAGAAUGAUGUUCGCAAAUGGAAGUUGAUCGAGACAGAACCCGUAUCAGGCCAGACAUUCUUGGGCAGAUUCCACAAGUUCAGCAAAAAAGUCUACCAACAAUUCAGCAUCCCCGAUUUCACCGACUUUGUCACGAUGGAAUUCUUGCUCUACGAGAUUGAUGAUUGGGGUGCCCGGAACAGAGAAGCAAACAAGUUCUACGUCAGUUUCGGACUCAAACAUCAAUCUUUGAAGUAUGAGUUCUCUCUGGGUACAUUCGAAGAUCAAGAUGACAUGUUCCAUCCAGGAAACUCCAAGGUUGGUUACAAGAGCGGCAUCAGAUGGAAGAGACAGGCAAUCACCUGUGCGACCAACUUGGGCUACAACGCGGAGCACAAGGAUCAAAUCCACAAGGUGACAAUCAAUAUUCCCAAGUAUCACUUCCCACGAGGAAAGCUUGGGGUUACUUUCUAUGUUGCAAUGGAGGAAGACAAGUCUCAACUGAGUGCUGGUGUUGACGAGUUGAGGAUCAUCGCCCAACCCAGGAAAUGUGGCGAGACGAAGCGAAAGGACUGCCGCAGCGAUGGACAGCAAAUUGCUGCCAAGAAAUUUUCCGAGUCACAGAAGAAGAAGAAGAAGAAGCAGAGGCACCACAACAACAAGAAGAAGAACAAGAAGAAGAAGGGACGCAGGAGCUUGGGCGAUGCCGCUGAUGACUACUUGGGUGACAUUGAUGAGAACUCGGCAGUUAAUGCUGGUGUUGACGAUGCCAGUGCUCCCGUCGAAUGCCGCGUCGCCUUUGGCUACCACAGCCCCAAGAGUUCCGGCAGCUUCCAGGAUAUUCUUGGAAUGACGAGUGGAUUAACUUACAGGAAUGAAGAUAUUAGCUGGGGAUGGUCGAAUGGUCCUCUGGAGGCGUCGAACUAUGCCUACUCCAUGGAUCUUUACACGACAGGCAAGGGAUCAGCCGGCGAGCCUGGUCUCUUGGUAGGAAAGAUGACUGUUGAGUUUGAUGGCGAAGAGGCGACUGUAUCCAUGGAAGCAGGCGACCACAUGUGGUUGAAGGAAACGAAUGCCUACGUCGGUCAUGGCGUUGCCCCCGAGUUGGAAGAUGGCGUUCAAACCGUUGACCCAGAACAGUAUCCGAUCUCGUACGAUCGCAUGGCGAUGAGUAGGAGCUUCACAGUCGGCGACUUGGAAGACAAACCGAUUUAUAUCAUUGCACAGGCAACUGUUUGCGGAGUAUUCGAAGCAGACCCAACGCGUCCUUCUGGAGUCCGUGGUUCCAAUGACGAAACCAAGGAGUCAUCCUGGUUCACCGGGCUCUUUUAA